AUGACAUGGUUUUGGUGUUUUGCACCAUGCCAAGGCAAGCCAAGGGUGCGUGGGAGGCGCACAUGUGAAGCAAGACAAGGUCAGAAGACAUGUGUCUUGGGUUGGAGUUGGCAGCCAAGACAUGGCAGCAAGGCAGCGCAGCGCGCAAGGGAGACAUGCGCAGCGGGCAAGGCAACAAGGCAACGCAGCGCACGACAGACUUGCGCAGCGCAGCGCGCAAGCAAGGGGCAGCGCAUGUCGACAGAUCGUGGGCAGCGUGCGUGGGCAGUUGUGUGGGUUGGUGCGUGGGCUGUUUGGCUGGCAGUUGGUGCGCAUGGUGCUGGCAGUUCGUGCAGGCAGAUGGUGCGCACGAUGCUGGCAGGUUGUGCAAGCAGUUGGCUUGCAGGAUGCGCAACACAAGCAGGCAGAUUGUGCUGGACAUGGCUGAACGUGGCAGUUUGGCUAAAGACGUGCUGGAGUGGGUCUAGGACGUGGGCAAAACGGUUUUGA